AUGGGUAAGCCAAAUGGAAUCCGAACUGGACGCAAGCUGCGAAUCCACAGACGUAAUCAACGCUGGCAUGAUCAAAAAUACACCAAGGCAAACUCUAUCACCGCCAUGAAGGCCAACCCUAUGGGAGGAUCCACAAUGGCCAAGGGAAUUGUCUUGGAGAAGAUUGGUAUUGAGGCGAAGCAGCCCAACUCGGCUAUCCGAAAGUGCGUUCGUGUCCAAUUGAUCAAGAACGGAAAGAAGAUCGCUGCCUUUGUGCCACGUGAUGGUUGCUUGAACUACGUCGAUGAGAAUGACGAAGUUCUAAUUGCCGGUUUCGGUCGAUCCGGUCACGCCGUCGGUGAUAUUCCAGGAGUCCGUUUCAAGGUCGUCAAGGUUGCUGGUGUAUCUCUCUGGGCUCUAUACAAGGAAAAGAAGGAAAAGCCUCGUUCUUAA